CAUGUGCUUGAGAUUUAAUAAAAACCCAAUCGGAGGAGGGCAAUAAUGCAAGUGGUGGGAGGUUAUUGCAGCUACUCUGGCUAACCUCACCCCCAUGGACCAACCUGUGGGAUUCCCCCAUGCACACAUUCAUUCACCGGCUGCCAUUAAAGCUCUAAAUUGCUGCACCAAGGUAGCCCAUAGACACUGGUUUGUUCCCCCCUGCUAGUAAUAUUAUUAAUACAGCUCCUGGGGGGGGCAGAGAGGUGGAGAGAGGGGUUGAUGGAAGGUUAAGAGUGAGUCAGUGAGUUGAUGCAGGGACUCGGCAGGUAGCAGGAAGCCUUUUGUAGUUCAGCGUGAAGUCGCAGUUUUUAAAUGUCAAGAUAAAAGCCUCUGACUCUUGAAGAACUUUGGCAAUGAACAGAAUCGUCCUGUAAUCUUCUUUCAAUUCAGGCCAGUUGCCUUUUUGGUAACCCCCUUCACCUUUGAUGCUCCUGUGAGUAACUUUUGGUGAUUUUGUUGUUGUUGGAGGACUCUAUUGAAAUGCAGGGAGUUAUUAUCAUUCUUCUUUUUCCAAAUCGUGUUUUUGAGGCCUUUCCCAUGCCCAAAACUCAUGGAUUCAAAUUUUCCCUGAACAGCACAAUUAUCAUACAUGCACGAAAAUCUGUACACGUGUGUAGAAGGUCAGGAUGAAUAAAACAUUACAUUAUGAUCAUGAUCCAAAACCAACAGGAAAGCCCUUAGAUUUCCAUUCAAACUGAGUUCUUUUUGCAACCACUGGAGUUGCCCCCUGGUGGCUAUUUAGUAUAUUUUCACAUCCUAUUUGGCUCCAGGAAGAUCCUGGAAGACUUUGUACAUUUAUAGUAGGGGUAAUUAUAGUAAGGGCUAUUAAAAAGUUGUGCACUGGAUUUUGUGGGAUCACGUCCUGCGCUGGUAUGUGGGAUGAUUAUCCACCAGGAGACUGAAAAGCCUGACUCCUCAACAUUUUUGUCACAGGCUUGACUGCGUUUCAGACAUCCCUGUUUAAAAGAAACACAGCUAAACAUGGGGGAGGAUUGGUUCUUCUCUACUAAACGCCCUCCUUAAACUUUUCUCAGGACAUUGAGAGGUCAUUAAUUUCGUCAGCCUUUUCUAUGUCUCUGACACCGGCCAUCAAUCAAAGUUGUUAUUAGUAUUCGCUCGACCCCAGACUCCCGAGUCUGUCCCUGCUUAGACGGGGACCACACACUAGUAGGAAGAGAUUAGGCCUCUGUGUGUCACAUCACGUUGCACUGAGCACCCAGCACCUUCGGGGAUGGGUGCUGCUGAAUAAGUGAAUUCUUAGGAAGUGGAGGGCGUGGUGGUAAUGUUUAACACUAUCUCAACAAUAUGGAUGUGUGCACUUAACAAGUUGCUGGUGGUGGGGAAAAAGGGCGCCGCAGGAAUUAAACUUGCUCCACCUUAAGGUCCAAACAUAAUGAGUUUUUAGAAAAAUGCAAUCCAUAGUUUGACCUUUGUGAUUAACGCUAAAACAAACACUGGUCUAUUACAGGAAUUUAACAAAUCAAUUAGCAAAUAACCCCCCCCCCCCCAUUAAAAUCUCCAAAGUAGAAAAACCUCAUCAGUAUUUUUUUUUACUUCUUCUCCAAGCUACUCCACAGCAGCCCGUCCUCUCUCCCCGUCAGCCUUUAUGUAACAAGAGCAACUUGUUUCCGGGAUCUGUGCGUCAGCCACUGAUGUGAAUGACCCACCAGCACAAAAGCUGAGAAACCUCUUUGAAUCGCGGGGAAAAUGGCUGCCGCGACUGCGAUGAUGUCACUUUGCCAAAAAAGCAGUGCCGCUUACAAAGAGAAGGAAGGAGGACCAGUUUGGUCAGGAAUCCAUGAGAGGUUCUGAUGCUUCUGCAGCCGACGGCCUUGUCCUCCGCCGCGUCACUGCAAUUAACCCUCAACGUGUUUGAACUGUUCAAAUAAGUUAGUAUUCAGUGCGUCUCCCACAUUCAUUUACGUUUAUUAUAGUCAUUUCCCAGCAUUUCACAGUGAUUACUUUGUGUGUAUAUAGCACAGACAAAGCAGAUGCAAGAAAAAAGAAACAUAAAGGUAAAAGCCACUCAAAUACCAAAUGUUAAUACACCUUUUUUUUUUCUUAAAGUGAAAGAAAUUAAAGCAACAACAAAUAGUCCUUACCAAUACAAUUAUGAGACAGUAUUAAAGUAAUAAAAACCAAAUGUUUUAAAUUAAAAAAACAUCACUUCAGGAUGAUUGUGUAACAAUCUUUUUUUAGUUUGGGUCGUGACCCGUGCAAACUUUACAAUCGAUUCUCCAACUUACCGCAAGAAGAAGUUCAUGUCUUUGGACACCAGUUAGGAACUUUGCCAGACUCUUUUUUUGUAACCUGAUACUGGAUUUCCUUUCAGUGCCACUGCAAAAAAAUAAAAUAUGUACUAGUGUAAUUGACUUGACUUGAAUUAAGUGUAUUUAUCUAAUCGCACCACUUUUUGGACUUAUUUACUUAUAAGUCAAUAAUUAUCAAUAAUUAAAAAGAUAAUUAUUAAUAUUUUUAGUUUGUUUCAAGAAAAGUGCCAUGUUAUUGCUGCACUGGCAGAUAAUUUAGCUUGAAACAAGUAAUUUUCCCCUAAUAGUGGUUAUAUUUUCUUAUUUUUUGCAAUGUAUCACUUUUUCUUUCUGUUCAUACCCAGGAAUUAACAUAAGAAACAUAUUUUCCAACUUUAUUUUUCCUCAGUCCUGUCGGUCUCACCUCAAACAUGCAAACAUUUCUUUUAGCCACAAAACGUCCCUUUUAAAGAUUAGAAUAAAGAUAUUGCGGUGUUGUACAAUCAGAUGCUGGGAUGUAUGGAAACAUUGCUAUACUAUACAGAGUUAAUGUACAGAGUGCUAUUUUUGUGUGCAGUCCAAAAUGAGCUUGAAUUGCAUUUGAAAUUCCUCUUGAACUGCGCUAAGUCUCGGCCACACAGCGAUCUGGCUGCGGGACACACACGGUUUAUUGUAUUCAGCACUGGCCAAGAAACUUCCUGUAAACAGUAUUAUUGUUUACAACAGAAGUUUCAUACCGAGGAUUUCGUAAGGUCAACAUUUCUUCUGGCACACUGAGCCUGAACUGCACUUUAUUCCCCUUUAAUUUAACAGCUCCGGCAGCUUUUCUAGUUAAAUCGACUGUUCAUUAUUGAGACCCAUUUUACGAAGGGGCUGUGAGGUGCAAUUUAAUGAAUCUCUGGCACAAAGCUCCCUUUCACUGCCGGGCAAAGAAUAGAGGCUAUUUAGACCCUGUAGGGCUUUAUGUCAAAGGCAGCCCAUAAUAGUUGUCAGGCCAGGGCAGAAAUUCCCACUGGCCUGGGAAUGCACUAGAAAUCAACUUUUGCCAUGAGCAGAUUAAGACACAAGUGAACAGUUGGGAAGAUUCUUCCAGAUUGUGGCAUCUGUUUGGACACAGAGUUUUUCCCACACAAAAGAGGCCCUUUUUUUUCCCUUUUUUUUCCUUGUUACUGUAUAGCACUGAAGUUGUUUGUUUCACUGCCUUCAUGUAAUUAGAUUACAAGUUAACCUCUGUUUAGUAAUCCAGACAGGAAGCACAUAAGUAGGCGUGGUGAAUGAAUAGCUGUUUAAAAGCGGGAAUAAUGGCGCUGAUUAGAUUAGGGUUUUGGUGAAUAAUCAACCUUUUUUUUAAAACUUUGCUUUUAUUUGCAUUUUGUUAAAAAGCAAUAAAUAAAAAAAAUAAAUGUAAGGAAUAAGUCCUCCAGUAGCUGUUCUGUUCUCCACUACAGUAAUAUCCUCCAGUUUCAUGACACUGUUUUUAGUUGAGAGCACACACAAACAGUUAAAGUGGUGGUAGUGGUGGUGGGGGGGGGGUCUGACAGAGGUUAUUGUCUUCAACUCAGCAGGGAAUUUCAGACAAAUCCCUCUUAGAUGCAGGUGGUCGGGCACAAGCAAAGAGUUAAGUCCCGCAGUCCCUUUGCCCCUCCUCUUUGAUGUUCUGACAUCAUUAGUCCAGCCCCCUGUAAGAUCUCCCUGCUCUCCUCAGAGCCCAUCACUUCUCCUCGGGAAUGUUUACAGGAAGCAGCAGCAGGACUAAGUGUUUGUGUGAGGAGAUAAGACAUGCUUUGAAGAAACUUUUAGUCCAGGAAUCACAGCGGGUUCCACAGGUGUAGCCGCCGGGCUCAGAAGAGUAAUGGCUGUUCAGACUGCAAUCAUGAACCCUCAGUUCAUGAACUUCUGCUUCCCUGGGUCUGUGAUGGAGUACGAUGUGGAGAAGAGUCUGGAUGGGAGUAUCCUGGGUGAGGCAGAAAACGACGAAGACUACAAAGAGACCACCAGGGACCUGCUGAGCUUCAUAGACUCAGCCUCCAGCAACAUCAAGCUGGCUCUGGACAAGCCGGUGAAAUCCAAAAGGAAAGUCAACCACCGGAAGUAUCUCCAGAAACAGAUCAAAAGGUGCACUGGCAUCAUAACACCGGGGAAUAUAGCUGAGGCCCCAGUGAAGAGGCAGGGCUCCCCUUUAGUCCAGCCCAGCCCUUUACAGAACAAAACUCUACCUAAGCGCGACGGGGUCCAGGCCAAUUUACAGAGCAAGAGCUUGGCAGCCCUCUUCAGUCCUGUGAAGGAAAUUAGGGGCGAAAAAGCCAAGAAGCCACCACUGAGGCACCGCAAUCUGCCCCCCUCUUUCUUCACCGAGCCUGCCAACUGCUCCAAAGUCAGCUCCACGUCUGGGAUGACACUGAAGGAUUUGGAGCGAGGAAACCCGGAGGCUGCAGACUUCUUCGAGCUCCUCGGGCCAGAUUACAGCAACAUGGUCAGUGACCAGGACUUAUAUCAAAAUGUGCAACUCCGGCCGCAGCCAGAGAUGGGAGGCCUGGAUCCAGUGUCUUACGACGCCCACCAUUUAGUCAGUGGUCUCCUCUACUCAGAGCCGUGGACUAGCUGCUCUGGACCCUCUAAGAAACCAGGGGAGAGCCUGCGGACGGGCCCAGCCCAGCCUCCUGUCUACUGUCAGUCUGAGGCUGCUGCUGCUGCUGCUGCUGCUGCUGCUGCUGGGCCAAUAGAUGACAAUGCACUGUGCACUUUGACCUUCCCCAACUUCUUCACAGACUGCUCCAUACCUCAGGUCACUUAUGAUUUAAGUGGUGGUUACAACAGAGCUAAUUAUUCAUCUCUAUGAGAAGCUGCAGAUACAAGGGUUUAACAUUAGUCCAAGAGUGUUUGACGCUGUUUUGUUGAGGAAAUAAUAUUGCUGCACACUCUUGAUGCCGUUUCAAUACACCACAUCAUUUUCCAUUGAAAAUAUAUCUGAUUUAGGGUCUAUAUUAUUUUAUUCUCCCCCUCAUUGGAAUGAAGCUUAAUUACUGGAAUAUUCACAACAUUUCAAACACAGAACCCCAAGAGCUGCGGCAGCACUUGUUUGUUUAGGCCGUGAAGCAUCACUGACACUACAGAAUAAUUUGUCACAUUUUGACAAAACAUGCUACAACAAUCUCUCAGCGAGGCACUAUUUCAUCACAGAGACACGAGGGGGAGGCAGG